AGAACGUACCGACGUACAGAGAAGGCGCCAUGCGACACUCGCGGAUCUAAGCAUAGCCCAACAAUGUCCUGACGGACUACGACCUCGCCGAGAUGCAGGUUCUCGAAACCAUGUAUUCGUGUCUACCGCAGCAUAUGAGGUAAUAACGGAACACGUGUGAUGAAAUUGUUAGGUUUUAAAUCGUGGAGAGCUGAUUUUCCGUUUCAUUCGGUGUGGCGUGGCAGGCAGUGGAUCACUUCCAAACUUAUCAGUAGCGGGGCGCGUGUAAAGGAUUGGAUUUAAAGAGGCCGUACUCAUAUUUGACCGCAAACAUGGAGAAGGAAAGUACAGAAGAUUUGGACCGAGACCGACAGUAUUGUGAACUUUGUGGGAAAAUGGAGAAUCUUCUCAAGUGCGGCCGGUGCCGGAAUUCCUUCUAUUGCAGUAAGGAGCAUCAGAAACAGCACUGGAAAAAGCAUAAGCUCAUUUGCAAAGAGCCAGACAAACCCCAGGUCUCAAAACAGAAUCCCGAACCUGAACAAUCGCCAGUGGGGGACGGUAAAGAGAGACACGGGAAACCCAAGCUAAAGAACCGCACAGAACCUGAGGACAUCGCACCUCCGGUUGGAGAACGAAUGAAAGGGUUUAUCACGAACGCAGAGGGCCAAGACAGUUCUGACAACAAACAAGAUGGUUCUAAAUCAAAUGGACAAACUCGGUCUUCGCCUCAAAAGCUUGCCAUGGAAUAUAUUGUCCCCUGUAUGACCAAGCAUGGCAUUUGUGUAGUUGACAACUUCCUUGGAGGGGACAUUGGGCUGGGCAUUUUAGAGGACGUGAAAGCUUUGCAUAAAACUGGCAAAUUCACUGACGGACAGUUGGUCAGUCAAAAGAGCGACUCCACUAAAGACAUCCGAGGAGACAAAAUAGCUUGGAUAGAGGGAAGGGAGCCGGGAUGCGAGAAGAUACGUUUUCUAAUGAGUCGCAUGGACGACCUUGUCAGACACUGUAAUGGCAAACUGGGAAACUACACAAUAAAUGGAAGGACAAAAGCGAUGGUGGCAUGUUACCCAGGCAGAGGCACAGGAUACGUGAGGCAUGUGGACAACCCUAACGGCGACGGGCGAUGCGUCACCUGCAUAUACUACCUUAACAAAGAUUGGGAUGCCAAGGAACACGGAGGCCUUCUCAGGAUAUUUCCGGAAGGCAAAGCCCAGUUCGCCGACAUCGAGCCCAAAUUUGACAGGUUGCUGUUCUUCUGGUCGGACAGACGAAACCCUCACGAGGUCCAGCCUGCCCACACUACCAGGUAUGCCAUCACCGUGUGGUAUUUUGACGCUGAUGAGCGAGCCAGGGCUAAAGAGAAAUAUCUAACAGGGGCCGGAGAGAAAGCUGUGAAGGUGGAGCUCAACAAGCCGUCAGAUGCCAGCUAAUGAGAAGCCAGGGCCCCUCGCCCGCCCAUGAAGUGCUCUGCUCUGCUCUGCCCCUCCUGUGGAGAGAGAGUGAUCUGCUCUGCUCUGCCCCUCCUGUGGAGAGAGAGUGAUCUGCUCAGACUCAGAGACUGUGUGAACUUACGGAUGGUAAUACAGAAGGAAAAACACUUUUCUUUCCAUCGGACAUGGCCUGACCCAGGUGACCGUGAAUGUGAUGUCAUUGUACUUCAGGGGCUGUGUGCUCUGUUUUUGGCCUUGUUGGUGAAUAAUACUUGCUUCAAAACUGCAAUUCAGAAAUUACUUCAAAGAGGAAGUAAGCCCAGAGAAACUUCACCGGUUAACUUUUACAAAUUGAUUUUGCUGUUAAUUCCCUAAAGGUACAGUGUUCUGCAAAUGCUUGUCGUGUUAAUGCUUUACAUGGAAUGAGGUGUGGUAAAAUGUGCCUGCGUUUUGAUAACAUGAAGAAGGAUCUGAAUAAAGAAACAAUGACAGUUAUUCUGUGACAGUUUACA